GUUAAAUUGACGUUAAGGAAUUUUGUGAAAAAAUUAAAGUAGGAAAUGGCUCAAGCGUUCAUUACCACAGCGAAAAAUACUUAUAGAUGGAAUGUACAAGAAAAAACAAAACCUAUAAAACAAGAAAAGUAUUACGACGAAUGUUACGGAAAAAAUGUUGAAUGGUUAACAGAAAAAGAUUUGGGAGGAAAAAUAACAGAACAUUUCGAAGAAAUUGAAAAAGCAGUCAAAGAACUCCAAGCGAAACGAAUGUCGUUAACUACUUAUAGAACAGAUUAUUGCAAAGAUUGGAAAAAAGUUAUAGAUUCAGAGAGUAAAGAAGAUAUUGUUGAAAAUGAGUUAGCAAAACAUUUUGAACAAUUGUAUGAAGAAAAAAAAACUCGCAAAAUUUUACCGACUAUCGAAAGUCAAAGAAUAUUGGGAUUUUUGGCAUCUUCAAGAAUGUACACGCCAAUUACCACUUAUCAAAACGAUUAUGGUAGACUAGGUUAUGAACGUCUUCCCAAAAUUCUAACUAAAACAUAAUUAAAUAGAUGAAUAAAAUAUUUUUAAAUAAACGUCACUUUUUGAGCA